AUGUUAUCCUGUUAGUAUUUGAUGCUCAAACAUUUUUACAACAACUUUUUUUCAGACAGCAAAUUGAUCAUAAUGCUUUUGUUACUUAACUUGAUUCAAGAAACAAGUUCAAAUGAAGUUAUAUGCGGCUUCAUAUCGCGAACAGUAAACAUGUAUGACUUUUAUAAAGUUGCUGAAACCACAGUAAUCUUUUUUUAUACAAUUUUUUUGCAUUUUCAGUUGCGAGACAAUACAUAUUGUGGAGGUUUGGACAUCAAUCGUAAAUCUUUCACUAUGCAGACUUAACAAAAACUGUGAGAAUGCAAAAUUGUAUCCUUGA